GAGGAUGGACGCCCUCGCCCUCGCCAAUUUAUACCCGCCCCAUCGCCCCUCCCGGACCCCCACACCAGCCCCAGCCCCAUCCCUCGCCGCCGACGCCGACGCCGACGACCGAGAUCCGCCCGCCCUUCCCCGACGACCAUGCCGGUGGCGCAGCCGGGAGGCGACCCCGUGGGCGUGGGCGCGGAGACCGCCCCGUCCCGCAGGAACCGCAGGCGCCAGAAGAAGUCCUCCAACACCAACGCCGCGGUCGCCGCCCCCGCCCCCGCCCCCGUCCCAGCCCCGGCGCCGGCCAUGCCCUCGCCGAUGCAGCGCCUCUUCGACACCAGCCGCGAGGUCUUCUCCGCCUCCGCCCCAGGCUUCGUCCCCCCGCCCGACGCCGUCGCCCGCCUCGCCGCCAUCCUCAAUGAUCUGAAGUCGCAGGAUGUUGGCAUAGACGCAAGCAUGACCUGCUUCAAGCGCAGCGACUCGAGGGCGUCUCCUGCUGUCACCUAUCUGCAUUUCUACGACUGCUCCAAGUUUUCGUUCGGCAUCUUCUGCCUGCCCAAGUCGUCUGUCAUUCCUCUGCACAACCAUCCCGGGAUGACCGUCUUCAGCAAGAUGCUCUUCGGUUCCAUGCGCCUCAAGUCAUAUGACUGGGCUAGGAGCAACUCAGAGGCUGGCACCAACGCGCUCACCAACUCAGAUGGCGCUCGUUUGGCCAAGAUCAACACAAACGCUGUCGUUGACGCUUCAGCUGAGACCAUAGUUCUGUACCCUGAAAACGGAGGCAACCUGCACUGCUUCACGGCGCUGUCCCCUUGCGCCGUGCUCGACGUGAUGGGCCCCCCGUACAGCAGCGCCAACGGGAGGGACUGCGCCUACUACAGCGAGGCCCCGUUCUCAAACACAGCUGGUGGGGUUGACGCGCGGUUCUCCUGGCUCAAGGAGGUCCCCAACAACUUCGAGAUGAAGGGCAUAACAAUGCCGCGGCGGUUCAUCGUCUAGAGUCUACAUGCGAACAACCAUUGUUACCGACUUAUCAAAUCGGCGUCGUCUAGCUUGUUGCUGUAGAUAACAACAGUUGUAACCUGCGAAAGGCAGGCAGGCAGUCAGUCAGUCAGCAAACUCUUCUUCUUUUUACCCGUAUUCGUCGGGGUUGAAACUAUCUCCUGUGGUCGGUCGUUAUCUUGUUGUCUUGCGUCGUGACUUUCUGGUGCGUGCGGGGGCAUGGUCGCUCUUUCUUGUUUCCCUGCUGCGCAGCCGUGCUGUGCUGUGUUUGCAGCAGGAGCGGUUUUUUUAAGGUGACCAUGUCGUACCCAAUCAACCCGGAUCGCUGUUGAAAUCCAAGAGUCACAUUUGUUUCA